ACUCCCUCAUUGUCGACGUCGUCGACAACGUUCUCGACGCAUAUCCAGCACGGGCUGCAUUCACCGUCGUCGUCGCCACCUUGUACCACCACCAGACGCUGGGUGUCCGCAUUCAUCGCUUCGUCUCCUAAUUGCUUUUCAUAGCGGACCUCCGUCUUCUUUCCACUCGCUCACCUUCAUUCUUCAACAACAAGGUUCUCUCGUCAGAAUCUUGGAUGGCAACCUCGACAUAUCCAACUUCCCUUGCUUCUCAGCACCACGAUCAGGAUCUUGGCGCCAUCACCCCUUCACAUGGUGGCAUGGUCCCAGGACACGAGUUCGACAUGCCUAUCUUGCCUCAGCAGAUUCCACCACAAACUCAAGCUCAACAGCGCACGCCGUCAGUUAGGGUUCAACCACCACCGACACCAUUGAGCGCGACCCCUCAAGCGGUCCCAAGACGUGCUCCAAGUUCCACCAGACAGCGGCCGGUGUCCAUGCCCCCGCAGUCACAUUCGACCCCUGCCUCUUCCGAUCGCGAACGCCAGAAUGGCGAGGAGAACGGAAAGCGCGGAGAUGGGCCUUCAAGCAAGCCACGCAAUUCUAAUAGGAUCCUGGGCGACUACACGCUGAGCAAGACGUUGGGCGCGGGAAGCAUGGGCAAGGUCAAGCUUGCGCAUCACAACGUGACGGGCGAGAAGCUUGCAGUCAAGAUCUUGCCGCGGAUUGUGCUCGGGAGCGGGACAACGACGAACGCGAGCAACCCUGAAGCGGCCGCGAAACAAGCGUCGAAAGAUGCGUCAAAGGAGAUCCGCACCCUUCGGGAGGCAGCACUCUCGAUGCUUCUUCACCACCCGUACAUAUGCGGGAUGCGCGAGAUGAUUGUGCAUCAGCAUCACUACUACAUGGUGUUUGAGUACGUCAACGGCGGACAGAUGUUGGACUACAUCAUCUCGCACGGACGACUGCGGGAACGGGUUGCUCGAAAGUUUGCUCGACAAAUUGGGAGUGCAUUAGACUAUUGUCACAAGAAUAACGUCGUUCACCGAGACCUCAAAAUCGAGAAUAUUCUCAUUUCGCAGACGGGGAACAUCAAAAUCAUCGACUUUGGCUUGUCAAACCUGUACGAUCCCGCCAAGCACCUGUCUACCUUCUGUGGUUCCUUAUAUUUUGCCGCUCCUGAGUUGCUGAAUGCGAAGGUGUACACUGGACCGGAAGUCGACGUAUGGAGUUUCGGCGUCGUGCUGUAUGUUCUCGUCUGCGGCAAGGUUCCAUUCGACGACCAGAGUAUGCCAGCCCUACAUGCCAAGAUCAAGCGCGGCUUGGUCGAGUACCCCGUCUGGCUGAGUGCGGAAUGCAAGCAUCUCCUAACCCGAAUGCUGGUCACAAAUCCGGCUGCGAGAGCGACGCUUACAGAGGUUCUGAGCCAUCCAUGGAUGCAACGGGGGUAUCGCGGGCCGCCAGAUUCACAUCUCGUCCAUCGCGAGCCUCUGCGGGCAGAUGAGCUCGACAGGAACGUCAUACGGGGUAUGAAAGGUUUCGAGUUUGGCACAGAAGAUGAGAUUGAGCGCAAGCUGGUUGAGGUCCUCGAGUCAGACGCAUACUUCCGAGCUGUGCAGCAUUGGGAGCGGAAGCGAGCGAUGGCAAAUGGCCGGGGCAAACCCUGGGGCGAGUCUAUGUCUAACUCAAGUCUCGCAGUGUCGUUUGACGGCACGACAUUGUCAUCCUCGCCUACCAAUGGGUCACGAUAUGAUCACAACGGCAUCUCCUCGUCGCCAUCGAAGAAAUCGCGCAGGUUCUCUGGCUUCGAUUUUUCCACUUACCGCAAGAAACUGUUCUCGCCUUCCUCGUCGCCACCUAUCACACCGACGCACUCUCCACCUACGUCUCAGUCUCACCUUUCGCAUUUAUCCCUUACAGACGCCUCGCAACGUGAACCACCGGACCCGACAUAUGGUUUCCACCCUCUGAUCUCGAUAUACUUCCUCGCCCGCGAGAAGAUGGAGCGUGAACGGGUGUAUGGACCUGGGCACUUUGCUUCUUCACAACUAUCUCUCGAGACCCGCGGCGAAACUCCAGGUGACCAGGCCGUGGCUACUCCCUCUACACACCUUUCACAACCCCAUCUGCCUAAGAACGGUGCUGCUCCUGGUAAACCUGAUUACAGCAUGCCUUUGCCACGACUACCAGCCCCCGAGACCUCUCAUUAUUCAGGAAUGUCCUAUGAACCUAAUGCCACUGCCCCUUCACCUACUGCAGCCAACUUCCCUCAACCUAGAGCUAGAGAUCCCGCUCUCGCCACACUCACCAUCCCCAAACGUCAAAUUCCUGAUACCAAUAGUGUCCCUAACUCACCUGCGAAGGGGAAUCUUGCGAAUCUGCCACGAGCACCGCCGGCGUCUACACAUAAACGCAGCCAUAGUCUCAGUCAACGGCCGAAUGUGGCGAGAGGCUGGACUGGCAUGUUUGGUGGACAUCCGGAGACCGCGGUGGAGGAGGUUGAUGAGCAUGGUACAAUCCGACCUAGGAGGGUAGACAUGCAUGAGCCUCCACGGACAGCUGGCCCUGAAUUCAGAGGGUUUGCCGACCAGCAACAACAACAGCAAGCGAAUCAGGAAGAUUACCGCUUACCUGUGCCUAUGUCUGCUGGUGCGACGCUUGUCAGGAAAUUUGGUAGUCUUUUGGGUGGAGGUCGUGAUGGCACGAGCACGAAGCAUGGCACUAUCAGGAGGCCUAGUAUCUUCUCUGGCGGCUUCUCUCCGAGACCUUCCGCUGAAGUCGAGGAGAAGAAAGAGGACCAUGAACACUCGAUAAGUAAUGGCGUGACACCCGAGAAUGAGAAGGAGAAACCUUCUGUUGUCCAAACCGGGAGUGAUACAACACCAACACCAUCCCCUGCUGCGAUCACCCACUCUCAGAGUCAACCCAUCGGCACCACGCACCGUCGUGCAGCGACUGUCAUGGAUCAUGCAUCAAGAACCACUAGACAUGAGCGGAGAAGCAGUACCGGUGCGGCACUGUUCUCGAACGUUGGUGGAACGAUUGGUAGACAUCGCAGACCAUCUACCGGCGGCUAUGACUAUGGUCAAGGGAGACAGUCUACAGGCGAGAGGGCAUUUGGCAGAACAGAUGAGAUCGAUGAAGGCGCAGAGGUCGUAGAAGAAGAGGAUGUGAACGCAGAACAUGGCGUUAGCACGAACGGCUCUGACAAGGACGUUAACCGGGGUGAUGGCUCCGGGGACGAGAAGGAGUUUAAGCCUGUAUUCCUCAAGGGUUUGUUCAGCGUGGCAACGACCUCAACCAAAUCACCAAAUGUCAUCCAAGCGGACAUACGUCGUGUCUUGGAUCGUAUGCAAGUCCAGUAUCGUGAAACAAAGACUGGAUUUGAAUGCAUUCACAUGCCUUCCAUCGACGUGUCUUCCGUCCAACCGCCUGAGCCUUCUGCGCCACGGCGUAGUCAACAUCGGAAACAAAGCUCCAUCGGCUCGCACGAUACAGACGGGGCCAGGAAAUCCAUCGCUCGCAAGACCUCCAAACUCUCGUUCGGUAUGAAGAGCAAGGACAAGGACAAGGACCGUGAGCACAACAAAGAUAAGGAACUGCCGAGUCGACCUUCGGGUGGGACCGUGCUUAGUAUGACACCAAGCAGUCACUCGUCAUCCUUCUUCCAUGUUUCCUCCAAUGCACAUACGGUCGAGGCCAUGAGGUCAGACGCCCUGGACAUGGCUUCUUCUCCUGAAAACGACCAUCCGCUUCGAUCCACACCGGCUGGUGCCUCCAAAAUUCUUCCGCCAGUGCCACGAGACUUCGCUGGUACUUCACCUCAGAGUGCUCAGACUCCUUUCCCUACCGGUGAAGUUGACCCAGACGUGUUCGAGUCGAUUGGUAAGAACUCGCUCGCCGUACGGUUCGAGAUCAAUUUGGUUAAGGUACGUCGACCUUUUGGUCUUCCAUUACUGACGUUAUCUCACCGUCGGACGAUGUAGGUGCCUUGGCUUCCAUUACAUGGCAUACAGUUCCGACGUUUGAGUGGUGAUGGGUGGCAAUACCAUAUGCUGGCACGAAGAGUGCUUACAGAAUUGAAGCUAUGACGAUAUCACGUUUUUAUGGUUUUCCUUCCUCUCAUUGUUAAUAUCAUGGUGUCUCAGGUCUUGCGGUUUAUAGUUUACUUGUCUCCUUUUUGAUCUCUCCAUUUUCCGAAUCCUACAAUCAUUUAUUACCUCUUCUCUCGAUGUCAUCGAAUACUCAUACAAUGUUUUCGCUCUGUUUCUUUUUAUUGGUCCUUGGGUCGCUUGAUUGCGCUAUUAAGGUGUUCAUUUUUUGGCUGGCUUUGCUUUCUUCUGGUCUAGACCGGCUCGUCCUCUCGUUAUUUUCCAUUCAUCAAAUAUGAUCCACGAUUCAAGAAGGCAACUCUCGUCAUACCUACUUGACACAAUUAACGCUUUUCGAUUAGUAAUAAGAGAUGUAACUUAUGUCGAAUACGUUCUACAACGGACAAUUUGCAGGAUAUAAGAAGGCUGCUCAAGUAUGAAAUUAGUAGCAAACGUCUCCAUUCGAAUGCUUCCAUUUUAAUAGGAUUGCGCAGGUUAAUUAUAUUGACGAGGUGAUCCUGCAGGGCCGUUUUCCGGG